UUGAAUAUUUACCCAAAAAAAAGAAAGAAAGACCGCUCCAGGCACAAACACAAACCCCAUGGACAAAACAUUAGAAGAAGCUUCAUCCAAAGGCAAAAAACGCCAGCGAGACCAACAACCUACCGAUCCUCAAACCAACCAACUUCAUCAUCAAAUUUUAUCACUAGAGGAUAAUCUUUCAUUUACCGAUACAUUGGUAGCGCUUCGCAUGAUGCGAGCUCAGUUUCCUCGCAUUGACAAGGUCUCGAUUCAGCCCUUCAUUUUAAGGUCACAAUUGUACAGCAGCGUAAAGGACAGAACUCAAGUGGAUAGGGAAUUAGAGUCAUUAAGAAGAGAGAAAGUAGUGCGCAUUUUCAAAUUAAAUACCGGACAGGAUGAUCAUGCUAUUAUGUUUUUGGAUGACUAUCUAAACCAGAUGGAAAAUGUUGUGAAAAGAUUGGAAGGAAAGGAGGGUGAUCAAGUGUUCAAGUGGUUUAGAACACAUGUUAUUGAUUCCAAGCUGGAACCUAGUAUUGAACAUCAAGAGCUUUAUACACUCUUAUCACUUGGGGGAAUGGUUAAGGAUGGACACAUCUCCCUUUUAAUCAAUGCUGGCCUUCUUAUUCUCAAAUCAGUUGUUCUGUGGAGCUUCUCAGUCCUUGCUUCAUAUGAUUGGGAGACAGGGAUCUUUUAUGAUUUUUUUGCGCAUAUCUCAUCCAAGCUACCUAGAGGGGGUGAUGACACCAUGAUAUGGCAAUUGAACCGUAGUGGUGUUUUUGAUGUGCGCUCUUUCUAUUUUUCAUUGCUAGCAGCCCCGUCGGUGUCUUUUCCUUGGAAGAGCAUUUGGUGUGUUAAGGUCCCUAAAAGGGUGGCUUUCUUUUUAUGGACAGCUGCUAGGGGUGGGAUUCUUACUAUAGACAACCUUGUUAAGAAGGAUUUACCUCUUGUUAAUUGGUGCUGCCUCUAUCGAUGUGAAGAGGAAACUGUGGAUCACUUAUUGAUCCAUUGUAAGUAUGCUCAUACCUUGUGGAGUGAAGUCCUUCGUUUGUUUGGGGUUCAGUGGGUGAUGCCCAAGAACGUUGUUUCUCUUCUCUCUGCAUGGUGGAAUUGGUUGGGUAGUCACACUUCAAAUGUGUGGAAUAUGGUUCCAGCGUGUCUUAUGUGGUUAAUUUGGAAGGAACGCAAUGCCCGAACUUUUGAGGAAACUGAGAGACUUGUAGAUUGUGUGAAGUCCUUGCUGCUUAGGACUUUGUUUGAGUGGUCCCGUAUUUGGGGGUUUACGCAUUGUCAUUCUUUGUUCAAUUUUCUUAAUUCUGUUAGCCUUUCUUUUUGAUUGGUUUGUAUUUUUUUCAGUGCAGUGAGUUUACUAUUGUAAAUCCAUUGUACUUCUAUUAUCAAUAAAUUUGUUAUUACCUAUCAAAAAAAAAAGAGGUUUCUUAUAUUAAGUGUUGAUAAUCACUUUGCUGAA